AUGGCAUCCAAAAAUGAUCAGACACCGUCCGAGGAGAACGUAGGGAAAUCGUCAUAUUCGAACGAUAACGAAUGGAAUCGUUCGGUCUCAGACAUAAACAUCAGCCAUAUGCGCAGCAGCAGCAUAGACUCGGUGGUGUGCCGGAUAUGCCAGAGCUCGAGCGACGAGGUGAGCAUGAUAUCGCCUUGCUUGUGCAAGGGAUCGAUGAAGUAUGUACACCUGGAAUGCUUGGAACUAUGGUUGAAUCAAUCUGGGCUUACGCGCUGUGAGCUGUGUUUGCAUACUUUUCAAACGCACGAAACUUUAAGAUAUGGAUGUUGUGAAUCUCUUUGUGUGUGGUACCGAAAUCCAGACAAUCGUAAUCUGUUGAUGUCCGAUCUGUUUAUAUAUUCGGUUCUGUCGUUUGUGUGUUUUAUGCUCACUCUCGUUUGCCUGUUGGUGUUGCGUUUUCAAACUUCCGAAUACGAUCCGUUUGGAGAAGAGCUGGCUAAGGUGGCCGUUAUCUGUUUCCUAGGUCUAGUUAUGAUUGCAUACUCGGUAAAUGCUAUCCUAAUUGCCCGAGAUCAUCUGAUGCCGUGGUAUCGUUGGUGGAGGUCUGCUAGAAACGUGCGAUUGUCUCAAAUUGAAAUCAUUUACCCGGUGGAAACGGUUUGA